GACGACGACGCGGACCACGGCGACGAAACACGAUAAUAAUGACGGGCAGGGGCUCAAAGAGGCGGGGGCGCCCACCCAAAUCCGUGGUGAUGGAGCGACCGAAGAAGUUUCAGUACCACCUGAUGAAGAAGCCCAAGUACCUGCAAAACAGAACAAUUCCAGGAACUCCUGGUGGCACGGAGACACCGGGCUCACAACCGAGCACGCCGACGGCAUCACGGCCGACGUCGCCGUCGGUCGAGAACGAGGAGAACGGUAAGCGCAGCACGAGGAACCAGCGCAACAAGUCGCGGGGUGCGCGCGACAGGCACUCGCGCAAGGGUGGCCACUCCGGAUCCUCAGGGGCUUAUCAGCGUCGCGGUUACAAUCCCAAUGUGGAUUAUCAUGAUUCCGAGUAUCACUAUGGUUCAGAUUUCGGAGACGAAUCUAGUGAGAAGAGCGAACCUGAGGAAGACCCACUCCCGAGUGAUAUAGAAACCUCUGAGAGCAUGGAGGAACCUGAUCCUUCGAGCGACAGUGAUUUUUCACUGUCCAGUUACAGCACCACCAGUGGAACACCUAGAAAACCACUGCUAAGUCAGCAACGGGCACCUAGUCCAGAGCCGUUGUGGUUGCAAAACAGAGAACUGCCACCGUUGGUGUUACCCAAGUCCUCGGAUGACUUGUUAGUCCCUAAGGAAUUGGUCAUGCCUUUGCUGUCCAUCUAUGAGACACUCAGGCACUUUCGCACCCUGGUACGUCUCUCUUGCUUCAGAUUUGAGGAUUUCUGUGCCGCCCUCAUGUGUGAAGAUCAGACCAAUCUGCUAGCAGAAAUUCACAUUAUGCUCAUCAAGGCAUUGUUGAGAGAAGAGGACUCGCAACAAACUCACUUUGGUCCAUUGGACCAAAAAGAUUCGGUGAACGUUAGCUUGUACUUUGUAGAUGUCCUGACGUGGCCAGAGGUGCUGCGUUCGUACGUGGAGAGCGACAAGGGCUUUGAUCAGAGUAUCUUGCAAAUAUUAACCGUAACUGAAUAUCCUUUUACUGCCAUUGAGGAUAGAAUCAAGAUUCUACAGUUCAUGACGGAUCAGUUUUUAAUCACAAAUCCUGUGAGAGAGGAUUUAUUGCACGAAGGAAGCAUGCAUUAUGACGAUCACUGCAGAGUGUGUCAUCGACUGGGUGAUUUGUUGUGUUGCGAAACUUGUCCAGCUGUGUUUCACUUGGAAUGCGUGGAACCACCAUUGGUCGAUGUGCCUACCGAAGACUGGCAGUGUAGCACUUGUAAAGCACACAAAGUGACGGGAGUCGUGGACUGUAUUCCCGACGUCGAAAAAAACGGAUCUUUAUGCAGACAAGAACAUUUAGGCUUUGAUAGACAUGGCAGAAAGUAUUGGUUUCUCGCGAGGAGAGUCUUUGUCGAGAGCGAAGACGGCGAGGUGUGGUAUUACAGUACGUCGUUACAGCUAGAAGAAGUGAUGCUCGCAUUAGAUCAGAACGAAUUGGAGGUAGCACUGUAUCGCGAGUUGUCGGAUUACAAGGACGAAAUAGUUCGUCAAAUGGAGCUUACCGAGUCCAUUACGAAUCAGUUCAAAGGAAACAAGAAAUCGUAUCUAGAAGUAGAGAACGCUCUUAUACAAAAGAUGCAAAAGGAACGACAAGAGAAACAAGUGAAAGAGGAAGACGAGAAGAAGGAGAAGCAAAGACAAGAAGCCGAAGAAAUGAUACGCAAGAUGCACGAAGAUACGGAGUCCACCGAGGAACGUGCAGCAGCUACGGCGGAGCAAAGGGAAGCCAAGGCAUCUGGCAAUGAUUCAGUUGCUUCUGCACAGGUACCUGAUAUGGUAGGAGACACUGUUGAAGUGGAUGUGGACGCAUCAGCGGGAUCAAAUACCGACAAAACGAUCACGAAAACCAGUACCAGUACCUCCUCGUCUGAAGAGGUAGAUGAAGAAGCAUUGGAAGGAGAAGAGAAAGUUGGAAAAGAUGGUAAAAAGCACACGAUUGUGACAAGAUCGAAGACCGGGUCACUGCAGCCACGAACCUUUAAUAUGGACGACCUCAAAAGACGAAGUACGUCGUUGUCGAAGGAGGAGCUUGAGAAACUGGACAAAAGCCUAAAAGACACCGAGGGCGAUGGCACUAGACUGACGCGUCAAAAAGCACAUCAGAUCGCGUCCGGUACUCACCUAUUCAAAUUGGGCAUGGAUAAUAAUUUUAAAUCGUACGUCAAUCAGUACAGUACGAAUCUAGUGUCUUUGAAUAAGACGCAGAGGAAUGAAGAACGCGACAAGAAACGUCAUCUGUCGCAUAAGUUCUCGCUUACGCAGGCAUCGGAGUUCAAGUGGGUGGGCAGCCUGACAGGCACCCGAGCCCUGCUGGUGAGUACUCUGCGCCAGACAGUUCUGCAGCUUGAGAGCAAUAUCCAAGCACCGUUCAUGCACACCAACUGGCCGUUGCUACGUAAACCGUGGACUGCCGCCGUGGGAGCAUGCGUGAAUCCGCGUGACUUCGCGCGCACUCUCAUUGUUCUGCAAGCGUGCAUCAAGUCCGUGGUGUUCGCUAGUGUCUGGCAUGAUCAGCUUGGCCAUGUGAAACUACAACGGGUGACCGCGCUCGAGCGCGAGGAGAAGAAGCGACAGGACAAGAAGGAGAAGAAGGAGAAAGAGGACGAGGAGGAGCGCAAUCGAACAUUCAGCUUCGUCAAGUAUACUCUCGGCCUGAAGCAUCAAGUGUGGAAGCAAAAGGGCGAGGAAUAUCGAAUUCACGGCCUGGGCGGUUGGCUCUGGGUAUCGGCUAGCCGCCGUUACCGAUCCUCGGAGACGAAGAUGGGUCUGCGCGCCGGCCCGCAGAAGAUCAUGGUGCAGAUUAAAGAUCAGAGUGGCCUGAGGAUUCUCGCACUCGACCCGCCCACGUACGAGUGUCUUAUGAGGGAGUACUGCGGUGGUAAGAUUGAAAACGGCGUUGUAAAACAAGAGAUCAAGCAAGAGGGCGCGGAAAAUGUUGCGAUUAAACAGGAGUGCAAUGCGGAAACCGUAAAGAAGGAACCGGCGACUGACGAUGAGACGAAUGGGGUGCAUGCUUCCCCUGGUCUUUCAGUGAAGUCGGAAUCUCCCGCGAUUAAACAAGAAAUAAAGACAAAUCUAUCAUUUCUAGCUGGCAUAAAAAUUGAGAAAGUUUUUACUCCAAUUACCGAGUUUGAGGAAAUUGAUAUUACUAAAGGACUUACCAGUCCUGGAAGAUUGUAUUAUCCAAAAAUCGCGAAAAAGACCAGGAUCGACGAUUUUCUGUCGCGUAGGACACACUUGAAGCUUUUGGAAGAGAGAAGAUUCUUGCAAUCUGAGAAGAGCAAAGAAUUGGCGAAUCAGAUGACAAAUCAGAAAGGCGGUGGCGACGGCGAUUCUGCGGAGAUGGAGAUUGAGAACCACGAGGAGGGCGAAACAGACGAAGGCGUAAACGUUGGCGUCAGUGUUGAUGGCGGCGGAGAUGCCUCUCUACAGGCUUUACUAUCACCGCUUGCCGGUAAACAGCAACAAGCGAACAAAGCGGCGACGGCGGUCCUGUCCGUGUCCACGAAAGAAAUGAUGAUCCGCAAGCGUAUCCAACAGGCGCGCAUGCGGUACGCGGACGUGAUGAGGCUCUGCAGAAACGGCAACUGUUACUCGUGCUACUGCAACGCUAUGAAUAAGAACAACGUACAGGCCAAUGCAGCACAGAGCCUUGCCUACACUUGCUACUCACCCCUAUGUAUGCAAAAAGUCCAUUUGAAGCGCGAGUUGAUAACGUUGUGUCGUGAGGCGAAUACACUGAACAAUAAUCAGCCUUUGCCGCAAUCCUCAUCACAGAUUAUUCUGAAAUCGGGGGCGUCGGAUGAGGCGAAGAACGCGAUCAAACAGGAUCUGGAAUCGGCGAUGCUUGGCAACGAGGAGGCAUCAACGAAGGCGAAGGAUGCCACUGCUUCCUCGCCUCCGGCGAAAAAGUUGAAGCUCGAGAACAGCUCAGACAACGUAGACGUGACGACGGUGACGACAACGAGCAACGUCACCACGACCACUACCACCACUACUACAACGGUAAAGAACACGGACGGCGUACAGGAGCACUCGACUGUUAAUCGCAAUUCCGUUACUGUCUCGUCGAACACCACGACCACAUCGACGAACAAGAGCGGCGUGAAAACGGUGAUAAUCGUGAACCGCCGUGGCAGGACGGUGCAGCGAAGCGCGGUUACCAAGGAACUAAACGCCGACGGCAGCGAGCGGAUUUAUACGACCACGUCAACGGAAGGCAAGGUUUACCUGAAGAAGGUGGCAAUCUCCUUGGCGGAUCGUAGAAAGAAACGUACGCCGGUCAAGUAUCCGCUGUGCUCGACUUUCUGUACGCGGAACAAGCACCGCAGCAUUUUGGUAUUGCCACAACACGAGCUCCGAAAAUUAUCUCGUCUCGGCGGCAAGAUGCCCGUGCAAGGCUUUCAUCAUCUGGCCAAGGCGAACCUAUCGGUGUGGCCGUAUUCUUGUUCCCGACCGCUGUUCAAAACCUGCUGGCUGUACAGGACAGUCGGUCUGAGAUCACUGGCCGCAGCCGCGAUUCAACUGAGAAUACUCUGGGCGUGUUUGAGGUGGGACGACAUGGCAGCCAAGCCGAUGUCUACCGACGGCAAGAACCAGAUCACCACCGAUACAGAGAUUAUGUCGUUAGAGAUCCUGAAACAUCGGCACGUCGGCCAGUUCCUCGACAGAACGCAAUACCUGCGUAGAAAGGUCGUGAUACCGCUCGAACUUCCGAAGCAAGUCAGAGAGGUGACAUCCAUAAGAAGCGGCUUGAGAAAACGGAAGCGUCCAGAAUCUCCUCAGAGUACCGAACCGCAAGUCACUGAAGAGUGGGUCGACGAAGACAAGCUGGAGCUGUGGGAAAUCAAGCAGUACGGCGACAGGUUAGAGAAGGCUAAUGCCCAGAUUAUUACUAGGAGCCGCUCGGGAGUGCCGCAAUCGGUGGUCGUAAGUGGUGGUAACAGAACUGCCACGGUCACCACGACUGCCGGUGGCACGACCGGCUUGACCGGCGAUCAGCUCGUGAGCGGCAAAGCAACGCCAGAAGAGAUCAAGGAGAAAAUGGAGCAGCAACUGCGCAUGCAGCGAGCGGCUCAUCAGCAGAAACGUGCCUUGGAGACUCUUAAAAGCCAACCAGUCAAUUCGCCGACCGCCCAGCUCGUCAAAGUCACGGCUAAUUCUUCUCACGAUGGUACAGUUAAAUUAGUUUCGAAAGUCGCAAUCCCGGCGAAUCCGAACAGCACGAAAUCGCAGCUAACGUCUCUUCUAACAACACCUACUCAGAACAAAGUUAUUGGACGCCGUUAUUUGGUGAAAACGUCUGAUGGGUCUACCAAAGUCGUGUCCGGUCCUACCAGUAUUCUACCGAAGACAUCGCCGACUCAGACAUCGAACCAGUUACAACAAUCUUUAAUUAGAGUGUCGCAAGCAAGUACCAAUUCGCCUGUGCAGCUUCAGCAGAAAGUGCACAUUGUUAGAACGCUGGAUGGCAAGCUUCAAGUACGUGGCUUGCUACCCGGUCAGCAGCUGAUCCAGAUGCCCGAUGGAAAGCUGCAUGUACUAAACGUAAGCCAGGCGGUGGGCAGUACACUCGCGCAGGGCACUCAAACGAAUUCGACGACAACUACGAGCACGCCACAGAUAAAGACUGUAACAGCGACAAAAGUGACGGCUUCCGAGACUCCAACCAAAACGAGUCCUGGUGCAAAAAUAACGGUGAAUUCAACAGCACAACAGGCACAAACGUCUCAGCAAGCGCAAGUCGUGCAAACCGUUCAGCGCGUAAAAGCCACGGCUGUGAGUCUAGCUUCAGGCACACCAACUCAAGCGACGAAGAAUACCAUUGUGGUCGCCAACGCGGGACAGACCGCACAGGUGAUAUCCUCCGGUGCGCAGGUGAUUAGCGGCAAUCAAAUCGUCGUGACGAACGCGAAUCUGGCCCAGCAAUUGGCAAGUGGCAAAGCCCAACUGGCAACGAUUGGCGGCCAUCAGGUGGUGAUACGUAGCACGACCGGGAACCAGAUCGUGCACCUGAAUUCCACGAACAGUGGCAUCAUCGUGAAAGGUGCCGUUGCCGCGAAUAAACAGCCGCAAGUUUUACAAACCACGCAAACUGCAACUGUCGCGACACAGUCGGUCACCAGCACGAACGCGAACGCGACGAUCGCUACGGCAACCUCGAGCGCAACUACCACUGCGUCAGUGACAACCAGCCAGCAAAACUCUGCCGUAGCACCAAUUCCAAGGAACAUCGAAGCCUCAUUACUAGCUGGACAACCACCCGGCACGGUGAUCAAAUGCGUGACCGCUCAGGUCAUCCAAACGACCGAUGGUCCGCGAAUCGUAUUGCAGGGUCUGCAAGGCGCGGACUUCACGCAGCAGCAAUUAAACUUGGUACAGCAGCAAGUAAAACAGCAGCUGCUCAAAGCUCAUGCAUCAACUGGCAAGCAGGGCGUCUUGGGACCUACGAAGAUUUACCUGGCCGUUCAGCCGGCUCAACCAUCCAAUCAGCAACAACAGUCCCAGACCGCACAGUCUUCAUCAGCGACUACUUCUGUGACUUCAAGCCCGAAGCAGCAGUCUACGGUGUCCUCAUCGUCCACCGUUGAAUCACAAGGGACCACUGAAACCAUUCCAGAAGGAUCACAAGUAAUAACACCAAAAUCAGCUGACAAGCCGAAAGUGGUUGUUCAACAAGUAGGACGCGUGGCGAAUGCGGCAGAUGACGAUUCGCAAAAAGCGAAUAUAGCUAACGGGCAACAACCGUCGCAAUCUCAGAACGAAGAAGGCGACUCGUCGAAUAAAUUCAUAUUGACACCAGAUUAUAUCCAACAAACUAUUAAAAAUGCCUUGAAACAAGAGAAUCUUAAUCCGGAGAUUGAAGAGAAGUUGCUACAGUUACAACGGUACCAGGAGAAGCAGAUGAGAGUCGAAAACUCCGUGGCCAGCAACCAGACUCACCACAAUUCACCUGCGGCGACAACACCGCGUCCGCCGUCCCGUAAACGGCCACUGUCAAACAUUUCACCAGCGGUGGCGACGAUACCAAGUAACGUGCAGUCGUCAUCUAGCGGUGGCGACGACAAAGAUGACAAAGACUGGAUAGAGACACCUAGAAAGAGACCAGCGCUGAAGCAAGAAAGUCGCGAAACGACCGCAAAAGUAUCAAAAGUAUCAGAGGCGAUAGAUAACGAAACAUCGCCUAAAAACCGAUCUGCAAAAUUGAAAGACAGUCAGGAACAGCGAAGAAAGCAGCAAGUUCAUUCCCGUAUGCAAGUCUUAUUAUUCCGACAUAAAGAACUCCUUAAAAAGGACAUUCUUAAAAAAAGAGCGUUGUUAGAGAAGGAGUUGCAAAUCGAUAUACAGAAGGAUCUGUCAGCGGAACUUGCUACCAGAACAAAAGCAGAAAGACACAAGCAAGACGAGGUGAAGGUAGGUAGUGCGAAGCGAAAAGCAAACGCUCAAGCAGCACAACAGGUUAGCCCGGCGAAUCGGAGCGGUGGUGGCAGUAGGCCCAAAAAGCACAAGGCCCAAGGGAACAAUGCAACGCCACCCGGUGGCUCGACGACAGCCACGACUCGCAUCAAGAAAGAAAAACUUUAUUGCCUGUGCAGAACCCCGUAUGACGAAACCAAAUUUUACGUGGGGUGCGAUUUGUGCAACAACUGGUUCCACGGCGACUGCGUAGGCAUAACGGAAGAAAUGAGUAAAUCUCUUUCGGAGUUUGUUUGUACUGAGUGUAGACACGCCAGGGACACGCAGGAGCUUUAUUGUCUAUGUAAACAGCCCUACGACGAAUCUCAAUUUUACAUAUGCUGCGACAAGUGCCAGGAUUGGUUUCAUGGACGGUGUGUCGGUAUUCUUCAAUCAGAAGCUGACAACAUUGACGAAUACGUCUGUCCAAAUUGUCAGCGGAACUCUUCUGUUAAUUUUGCUAAUAUGAAGAACCUCAAUACGAAGGAUCUCGAUCUAUUAAAGAAAUUGAUCAAACAGAUACAGGCUCAUAAAAGCGCAUGGCCAUUUAUGGAACCAGUAGACCCUAAUGAAGCGCCAGAUUAUUACAAAGUCAUAAAGGAGCCAAUGGAUUUACAAACCAUUGAACUCAGGAUAAAUGACCGGACUUACAAGAAGCUGAGCGAAUUCAUCGGUGAUAUGACGAAGAUAUUUGACAAUUGCCGUUACUACAAUCCAAAGGAAUCGCCUUUCUUCAAGUGUGCCGAGUCCCUGGAGACAUACUUCGUGCACAAAAUCAAGAGCCUAAGAGAAAAGUUUUCCGAAGGAAAGUGAAUCAAUCAAAAACAAAAGGGACAAGAAGGUUUUUUUAAAACAGUGCAGUUAUAUCGAACUGAUUUGAGCCGAAGUGGAAGUGAAAGUGCACGGCAACUAAUUUAAUGUGUUUUACGAAAAAACGAAAAAAAAAAGAAAAAAAACAGUAUGAAGCAGAGUUUUGUGCCAGUACAGUACACGUAGAAAACAGCAAACUCUCUAAUGGUACACUUGAUUGUGUAAAAGUAGAGAACGCACCAAUCUCAGCUAUUUAUUAGAGUCAUGUGGACAUUCUCUUCCCCUCCCUUCUCACUCGCAAUUUCGCGAAUUCUGAAUUCCGUUCGUGUUGUACGAAGUAUGAAUUUUGGAUCAGAACUUAGAUUGUGUAAUUUUACCUGCGAGGAUUGUCUACGAUGAUCUUAGCUGUCGUCUAUUUCCAACUGGAAAAAAAAAUGGAAAGAAAGCUAGAUAUUUAGAGCAUAAUUGUAACGUUUAUUUUUUUAAAUUAUGUUAUAAGAAUAUGAUCAUGUAAGAUAUUUCUCUUCUUCAUUUCGUUACCCUUUUCAUUCGUUUUCAUUCUGUUUUUGACACACGUAAAAAUCAAAAACAUAAUAAAAUUUCCAUUUUGAAUGUGAAGUGGAUCUCAUGAAAUGCUGAGUUACCUCAUUUUCUUCGUGUUUAAAAAAAUGCGGAGUAAGAUGAAUGAGAAAUAAUAGAAUGAAUAAAAGUUUGUAACUUGUGAUGCAAUCAAAAUGUAAUAUGAUAGCAAUGAUUUAAAAGAUAUGAAUGUAUAUAAUUUCUGAUGAUUACAUGAAGUUGUCUUGCUACAAUUUUAAAAUGAGGUAAAAUUACAACACCCAAGAUUCAUUUUUAAGCAACAUCUAAAAGUUGAUCUUAUUGGAUUAUUUUACUUUGGUAUUCUACUCUCUUUUUUUAUCGUUUAUUGUUAUUAUAACGAAUGUAACCUAGGACGUAAAUGCGAACAGAAGAUUUACAUAAUGUAAUAUAACAAUAAUCUUCUUAUAUCAGUCUAUGAAAUUUGAGAUAAAUGUAAAUUUGAACUUGCAAAAUCCACACCUACGAAAACUUGAUCUGUACACAUGAUAUUUUGUGUAUAAAAAGCUGCAAUAGACAUAUUUUGUUUCUUUUUUUUACAUUGAAAAUCAUUUUCCUUACACGUACACACACGCGCGCGCGCGCGCGCACACAAAGCAGAUAAUAAUUCCAUAUGUCACACAUCUCGAAUUCGCGCAGUAGUUAUAAGUUGUGAUUCAGAAUUCAUGCAGUAUCCAUCACGUUACACUUAUUAUUUAUGUUUGUACAUGUAUAUAUGUAUUAUGCGACUUCACAAAAGUGGACCGACUUGCAUGAGGGGAGACAAAUAAGACAGGAAACGGUUGUCUCGUCCAAUACGCGCGAGAUGGUUCAAGAAACGAUUACAAGACUACUGUUUCUUCGUAGCAAAAAAAGAAAAUAAUUCUGUGUCACACAUUGCGUAGCCGUAAGAUUAGUCUUUUAGGAUAACACGCAUAAUAAAUUGUACAAAUUUGUUUAUCGUCUCGUGCUCAUGCAUAAGCUAACGAUUACAAUUCUACUUACUCUUAUGCGUUGUUUUAAUCACAUAAAUAAAUUUUCUAUGAGAUUGUUUAUAAUUGACAGUUCAUAUUUAGGUUGUAAGGCACGAGCAGAGGACUCUGCUUUGUAAAUAUGCAUACACAUAAACAAAUUGCACACAUACAUGUAUACAAUACACAAAAUGUGAAAAAAGAGGUUUAUCUCGAAAAGAGGCAAUUGUAGAAUUCUUUGAUUUACAAGUAAGGAGAAAAUAAAAAAAACAAUGAAAAGUA